GAGGAGAGGGCUCAAGGGGCCGUCUGUCGCGGGACAGGCUGGCCAGCUGGGGCGAGGAGCCGGGAGGAGGAGGCUGUGGCCGCAGCAGCAGAAACAAGCACCAGCCACACAGCGGCUUCUCCGGCCCGAGCAGCUACAGUCCCCUGGCCGCGAUGGCGCUGAAAAGCGCUGCAAGCGAGGAAGCCAAGGGGCCCCAGCGGGAGGCACACCAGAAACAGCAGGGGCGGGUGGGUAGCCCUGAGCCUGAGCCGGAGCCCUUGCCACUGCCCCCACCGGAGCCCCAGCCGGAGCCCCAGCCAGAGCCCCAGCCCCUACCAGACCCUGCCACCCUGCCGGAGCUGGAGUUUGAGCCUGAGCUGGUGCAUGAAUCCGAGCCCACGCCCACCGUGGAGACCCGUGGUACAGCGCGGGGCUUCCAGCCCCCCGAAGGUGGUUUUGGCUGGAUGGUGGUCUUCGCUGCCACCUGGUGCAACGGCUCUAUCUUUGGCAUCCAGAACUCCUUUGGGAUCCUCUACUCCAUGCUGCUGCAGGAGGAAAGAGAGAAGAAUCGCCAAGUGGAGUUCCAAGCAGCAUGGGUAGGAGCCCUCUCAAUGGGCAUGAUCUUCUUCUGUUCUCCCAUUGUGAGUAUAUUUACUGAUCGUUUGGGCUGCCGAAUCACAGCAACUGCAGGUGCUGCUGUCGCUUUCAUCGGCCUCCAUACCAGCUCCUUCACCAGCUCCCAGGACACCCCAAGCAAGAGAGGUGUCCAUACUGUGUGCCAACGCUUUCUGGCUCAACUCAGGAAGUAUUUCAACAUGCGAGUGUUUCGCCAACGUACCUACCGCAUCUGGGCCUUUGGGAUUGCUGCUGCUGCCCUUGGCUACUUCGUUCCCUAUGUACACCUGAUGAAGUAUGUGGAAGAGGAGUUCUUGGAAAUCAAGCAGACCUGGGUGCUCUUGGUGUGUAUUGGGGCUACCUCAGGCCUCGGGCGUCUUGUGUCAGGCCGUGUCAGUGACUCCAUUCCUGGACUUAAGAAGAUCUACUUGCAGGUCAUCUCCUUCCUGCUCUUGGGCCUGAUGUCCAUGAUGAUUCCCCUGUGCCGGGGCUUCGGGGGCCUCAUCGUUGUCUGCCUCUUCCUAGGCCUGUGUGAUGGCUUCUUUAUCACCAUCAUGGCCCCAAUCGCAUUUGAACUGGUGGGCCCAAUGCAGGCCUCACAGGCCAUUGGCUACCUCCUGGGCAUGAUGGCCCUGCCGAUGAUUGCUGGGCCCCCCAUUGCAGGCCUCCUCCGUACCUGUUUUGGGGACUACCAUGUGGCCUUCUACUUUGCUGGUGUGCCCCCAAUAAUUGGAGCUGUAAUCCUCUUCUUCGUCCCUCUGAUGCAUCAAAGGAUGUUCAAGAAAGAGCAAAGGGAUUCCAGCAAGGACAAGAUGUUGGCCUCUGACCCAGAACCCAGUAGAGAGCUGCUGCCAGGCUCUCCCAUCCCUGAGGAACCAAUCUAAUGCCUCUUCCUUGUCAUUGUGUGCUCCUCUCCAACCCCUACCCUUUACCCCACCCUGCUCAGCAUUUACAUUUUUGCCACCAGCACACUUGUUCCCAAACCUAUGCACACAGCAUUUUAGCCACCUGACCAUCCCUUUGGAGCCAAAGCUCCAGGUGUUCCAAACUUAGUAACCAAGUUCUCUUUGUGAAUGCCUUCAAACUUGCCAGGGUCCUUCUCCCAGGAUCUAGAAAACUUUUGGAUCACCCCCUGGCCUUUGGAACCUCUCCCUAUACUUUCUAACCCCUGGGGGGAGGGGCACGGGGCCUCUUGGCCCCAGCUUGUUAGUCACCCAAUAGAAGCAACUGUCAAAGGUGCUACUGUGUCCUCAGGAGCCUGGUGGGAAGACUCAAGCCUCUGUGUGCUGAGAAGCUCCUUGCCAUCUUACUUUAGGAGCCACUGAUGGAGGGGGUGGGGGAGGGCAGAGAGAUAAAAUGAGACAAGGAGCCUUGUUUAGCCUUAGAGUUUCUGAGGGCUGUGGCUUCCCAAGAACUGUGGGUGCUGUUAGUUUACAAGUAUAUAGAUAGUCUCCCCAUUAUCUGGUUGGUUAACAGUCUGCCUCCUUCUACUCUUCCUCCUUUUUUUCUUCUACUUCCUCCUCAUUGCUCUUCCCUUUCUAUUUCUUUUUAUGACUGUCAUAGACACAUGGGUGCUUAAAUAAAGGAGGGACCCAGAGCUUGGGCUGAUCAGCCUUACCUUGGCCCAGCCCACCCCUAAUAGUAGCAUCAGUCCCACUCAUCUCAGGCUGAGCCACACCUCACCUUUUGGCUCAAGCUGCUAUAAUCAUAGACUGGAAGAGUAGAAUAUCACAUAGGGAAGGGGCCUUAAACAGCACUCAUUUAUUUUUACAGAUUUCCCAGGCCAAUGCAAUCUGUAGGCCCAGCUCCCCAUCCUUGUAUCCAUCUGUCAGAAUGUGAAGAAAUCCCUUUCAUCUCAGCAGGCAGAGGAGGCCUGAUGAUAAAGAGAUGGCAUGGUAUGGGGAAGGGGCAAUAGUUACUGACCUGGUGAAGUACUAACUCAUGCCAGGUCAAUAUUUCCACCUGGGGUAGGCCAGGAAAGAGACUGUAUUAGGGAAAAUCCAAUUCCCAACUUGGAUCUCCAAAAAGUAGAGGCAGCAGCUACACAAAGGUUUGGACAGUUAUUUUUAAGAAGGCGAAACCUUGCUAGCCUUUGCCAACAAAUGUGUCCAUCAUGCUGUGCAUCCUGGGUCACUCUGGUUGGCUGGCAUUAAACAUGCCAGGAAAGGUGGACUUUGGACUCUCACCUUCUAAAAUAGCUGCCAGACAAUUUCCUAUGCCCACACUCUAAGCAACAGUCUUGCUGUGUCUAGCUAUCACAACUCACCUCAUUAGGAGCUCAACCACUCUCCUCACUCAGCCUCUUUGUGUGUCUUUCUCCCUAUUCUGUGCCUUGGUAUGUUGUGUUCCUAUCAUUCAAACUCUUUCUCAUCUUCUUGCCAGGCAUCCCUGGCUGUGACUUAAGAGCUAAUAGUAACUUGCCACCCCAAGCCAGGGCCAUCCCAGGGUCAGGAGGAUGAGGUUGAUGCUUAGGGGCUCCAAAGAAGACAGUGGUCCCUAUCCAUGAGUUUUUCUGUUACAAAUAGGCAGCUGGGGUAUUGUUGGCCUCUGAUGGCUGAACCAAGGCCAAAGUCCCGAUCCCCCUCUGUUGGUCCCAGUUGGGCCCUUAUCAACUCAUUAAAGGAAAACACUGAUUCUUGGCUUUGUGGGUAGGAAGGGGCCUAAUUAUUACCCAAAUAGCUCAAACAGCAGUGGAACAGGAGAAGCUGGGCCUCAGGAGAGACCAUUGAAAAUGUUUGAGCAUAAAAACCCCUGCUUCCAUUUAUCCUGCCCCAUACCCACCAACUCACUAGAGGGCAGUUCUGCAGGGCCUCCUUUGUUGUACAAGGUGUGAAUAGCUGUUAAGAAUCAGGCUACCACCCUCUUCUCUCCAGGUGAAGGAAAGUCAUUCAUAGGUCCCAAAUCUGCCUUAUCAGGUAUCACAUAACAGCAGGGUGUCAAUUUACUUCUACACACAUGCAUGUGCAUGUGUGGACUUGUGUGCUUUUGGAGAGCAUAUCGGUUGGCUAAAGCAGCACAGUAUUAAUAUUUAGUGUAUGAUGUAGCCUCUUAUGAAUUGAUAGUCAAUCUAGCAGAAUGAAUAAAAUUUGGGAGCUUGAGACCUGGUACAUUAAUUAAAUCCUCAAAAGGUUUGGAACAAAAUAAACAUCUAAAAAUCUAGAUUUGGUAUGUAACUUGCCUAGAAGUGUGAAAUAGUUUUAACCUGGUUAACAGCAGGACGUUUGGUUUCAGAACUGACAUCUCAUUUCAAAUCAAAUUUCUGCCAGGGUCUAAAUUGUCUAUGAGAGCAGAAAUUUGAAAAUGAGCUUCUUAGGGGUUUGAAGUUGGGCAGGCUGUUGAGGAUUGGAUUUUUAAGGGAGCUCUGAAGUGAAAAACUGGUUACUUCACAAAAUGAGAACAUAACUGGUUAAUGGUUGAGUGGGCACCCAGGCCUUGCCAAGGUCACUACCUUGUUACAAGCAUUCCAUGUUGAAAAUUAGCAAAGACCUUACAAUAACAAGUUCAAGUCCCCUUUCCUACCACUUGUUGGUGGUGGGGGAACCUGAAAGAACUGGUAUACCUGACUUACGCAGCCAGGCAGCAACAGAAGACAUUGACAGUGAUGCAGAAGAGGCCUACAACAAUGAUAAAGUUGAAGGUAACCUUCAGGUCUCUCAGGUCUAUACUGUACAUUAAGUUGAAGUGGGAAAGCUGAGGCCUACAGAUAGAAAGGGGUUCAUGUAGUUCAUCAGUGACAGAGCAGGUUGAGGCUUGAACUAAGGUAAUUGACUUCCAAUCCAGAUCAAACCCCUCAUUUUACAGAGGGAAAAAAUUGACCCAAGGAGGGGAAACUGAGUUGCCUAGUUCAUUCAAUGACUAUGUAAUGAGACCAUAUCCAUAGGGAUGUCAGCAGGAACAGCUCUGAGUGAAAAUAAAAUCUGAUCCAAGUC